UUGAACAAAUACCUUUAUUAUGUGCUGGCUUUCAAUAAACUGCGCCAAAUAGGCCACGGCAUUUAAGCAAAACAGCAAAUGAAACCUAUUGCAAUUAUCGAACGGUGUUUAUUGUCUUCAUUUUUUUUCUCGCGCGUCCAACUUUUGGUAUAUUUACGUUGUUUAAUAAAAGCUGGGAGGUGUUAGUUUGGAAGCAGGAAUCCGCGCAGUAUUCGCUACGAUCCGGACUCCUGCGGUUACGGGCGGGAUGUUUUUCAGUUAAUGAAUGGUAAGGAAGGCAGCGAUAGGCUGUUGGAGGAGCUGGGAGGCUCCUUCCAGGGCGGGGAGAGAGCGAGGGAUUGAGAGAGAAAGAAGAAAUCACGUGAGUUAAUGAUGUUGCAAAGCUCCCAACUCUCGCUCACUGCCCACAGCAUCGAACCGCUCAGAAAUCGGGAAAAGCUGCAAAUCAACACAAGCGAAUAAGCAACACGGCGGCCGGUCGAGACAGCAAAAGCCGAGAACGGAUCACGCUCGUUACAAUGGCAACUUACUUUGCAUCCUAGGAGAAAAUGUGCAGGAAUGACACUAUUUAUCGCGUGGAAAUGAAAACGCGCUGUGGUGUCGGGCACUGAGAGGACUUGUGGGGGAUAGAGCGAUCAGCCAUCGCGGCGACUGGAUCCAUUCAACCUGUUUUGCUGGCGAUUUGUCUUGGAUUGUGGCGUGGACACGAUGAUGCAGCAUCCCCUGGAGCUGGGGGCUCAUUACCUACCCCACGAGCCGAUCCACGAUUACAGGUCACACCGGUACAGGAGCUUCAUGAUCGAGGAGAUAUUGACCGAACCCACGGGCUCAUGCAAAGCCGCGAACGGAGGUGAGCUCCUCAAAUUCGGCGUCCACGCUCUGCUCAACAGCCGGCCCUACCACGGUCAUCUCGCUGGCUUGAAAUCGGAUCACGCUGGAGUUUUCAAGUUUCCGUUGGGUCCGAUCUCCUGCAGCCUCGCUGCUCCUUUAGGUUCGGCAUUAAUAUCCGGAGGGUCGAGUCUGGCCGGUGGUCCCGGAGGCCCCCAUCUCCCGCUAGACCUACACCUCCGGUCAAAGCUCGAACAAGGUCCAGACCCAGGAAACAAGGGGAAAAAAGGCAGGAGGAGCCGAACUGUCUUUACUGAACUACAGUUAAUGGGCCUCGAGAAAAGAUUUGAAAAGCAGAAAUAUCUCUCAACGCCAGACAGAAUAGAUCUAGCAGAAUCUCUGGGUCUCAGUCAACUUCAGGUGAAAACUUGGUACCAAAACCGAAGAAUGAAGUGGAAGAAAAUAGUAUUGCAAGGCGGAGGUCUGGAGUCCCCGACAAAGCCUAAAGGUCGCCCAAAGAAGAACUCCAUUCCCACAAGCGAGCAGCUUUCAGAGCAAGAGAAGAUUAAAGAAGGCGAGAAACAGACGGAUAAUUCCCCAUCGCCUUCCGAAGUGAACCAGGAAGAGUAGCGCGCACGGAUGGGCAAAAUAGAACUAUUGACACACACGGGGCGGCGUUGCCAGCGUUGACCUUGAAGUUCCAGCGCUUGUCAUAAGGCGGAAUUUACACCCAAACCGUAAAUGUCAGAUCCACGUUUGAAAUCAACCGUUUUGUCUCUUUCCAAGCACCAGCUGGCGGACCGUCCACUAACAGAUUUGUCUUUAUUACAUUUUAUUAAGUUUGGAGUUUGGAUCAAUUUCCCAUGAACACGGAAGUCUGUUGUAGAAAGUACAUUUUUUAAAAUGAAAUUGCUUUCAGCCCCUACAUAAGGCUGGUUACCCAGAAAGAAGCUGAAAAUUGCUUAGCGGUUGAUCAUGAUGGAAAUGUCCUUUCCAUUAUACACAGUGUAGCAUUUUGGCGCCUUUCCCACCAAAGUUUCGGCUGCAUAAAAUUAAAAAACUCUGAAUCAAAGUAAGUUUUUACAUUUUGUAACAGUCUUUCCAGCGGCAUUUCGGCAUUUCUUACAAAUGACAGUAUUGUUGAGAGAGAAGCAAUUUAUUUUCGGUCUCAGCACACACUACUGUGGUGCCUCUCCGUCAAGUUAGCUUGAUAAAUAUUUUGACCAAACCAAUUAGAUAGUAGGUAGAAUGUGUUAUGGUUCAGUGAAGAAGGGCUACAGCUGCAGCAGCAGAUUUGAAGUAUUUGUACCGAGUACCGAAUUUAUAAAUGAUUUCAUACACUUGUGAAAGAUAGAAGCUAUAAAUAUUUCUUGCAGCAACGACUGUGGCUAAAGCCAAGAAACGUGCCUUAUGCCUUUCCCCAAAGAGAGGGUACAAACGUUGAUAUCUAAUUAAAUGUGCCUGUAUGUUUUAAAGUUAUAUUUCCCUUUAUACUACCCAUACAUGGAUACAAACAAUAAAAGAUUAUCUGUCCUUGUAUUUAUUUUUUUAUUUUUAUGCUUUUUAAAAUUAUGUGCGCGUUUAGACUAGAACAUAUAAAUCAUUUUAAUUAGAGGUGGAUUGGUACUUUACAUGCAAGUUUCAACCUCAGGGCGCAUGUGGUAAAACAAUGCUAUAUUUAUAUUUCUUCCCUCGCAUUCCUUCCUUUAACGUUAUGCAUAUUACGCAGUUGUUCGACCGAAUAGAACUAUUGGGUCUUAUGCAAGCUCGUAGUGGAUAUUAAGCAGAUAUAAAACGGCCAUUUAAGGGCGGAAGGACACACGGUUAACUUCAGGCGAAACUGACAUAAAACUCGUUCUUUCACAUGGAGCCUGGUUUAUUUUUCAGUUAGUUGCUGCCUCUCUCAGUUUGCAGUUCAUGCCCGCUUACCGUCGCCAGCUACCGAGUUCAGUACAGGCCCUUGUUCCCUUCUAAUAUCCUGCCACGUCCAACGAUUUUCCUCCCGGAUAAAUAAAUUUCAUCCGAUUAGAAUCGAUUCGAAAUCCAGCUAAGUAUGAUUAUUUGUUCUGACCGAUUAGAUGUAAAAACACUUGUAGAUUUCUGAUGAGCCCGUAAAUGCAUUUAAAACCUAUAAAACUAUUAAAGGCUCAAGAAAUGUAGGAUUAACUAUUAGUGACGUAGAACGAGGAGCUCUGUUUAGAAUUGAAAGAUUAAAAUUGGACAGUUCAUUACUAUUCCAGCUCAACCAUUUGGCAUUAAGAAUAUGAGUAGCGUUAUUUCAAAAGCGGAGCGAGAUACUGAAAACAUCGAACUUCGGCUGAACCAAGCGACGGUGUUGCUUCAGUGUUACGGGUCUAUGGUUAACUCUUAAGUGGUCCAGUGCCACAUGACCUUUGCCCCGGUCAAUUAUUAAACAAAAACUUAAACAUCUAUGAAAGUCUGUGUCAGUCAAAAACAUUACACAUUGAAUAGUGAGUGAUAUGUGAUCUGUUGGAAUAACAAGCACGUGGGACUUCUGCAGGUAGCAGCUACCUGGCCCAGAACCAAUAUAUCUGGCAUGUUGCAUUUUUGUUAACAUUAACGUUUUAGAAUGUCAAAUACGUUUUGAAUUUUGUAAAGAUAUGAAUACGUUAUAAGAAUAAUCUAUACACUGUAUAUUUGUGGAUUAUUGUCGACGCAUACUUAAUUCGAAACCACAUUAAUAUAAGCAAUUAAACAUUUUGUCACAAUG